AUGACAUCAAUAAUUACGAUUCUGACAAUAGCAUUGAUUGAAUGUGUGUUUGGAGUAAUUUAUGUUGAUCUAAAGAAUUUUAUUAUAUCUAAUGGAGUGAAUGUAUUUCAUGGUAGAUUCAAUAUAAACUCCAGAUAUUUUAUGUUUGUUGGUGAUUCAGAACCCAUUAGUGAAUUAAGAUACGGAAAUGAAGUGAUAUUUCCAAAGGAGAAUGGUUCACAGGAAUACAAUUUACUUGUUGAAUUAUUUAUAAUAAAUAAGGUUAUUCUGGUAUCAUUUUAUGUCCACACAUUUAAUGAUGGAUUAUUGAAAUCAGUCAAUCGACAUACCAUUAGCAUAUCAUCUGACAAAUACAGUCACAUAAGUAAUGAAGAAUUUAUGUCAAAAAUAAAUAAACCUGUUCUAGUUUCAUUUGAUAUUGGACCGAAACCAAAACAUCCAUUUAUAAAAAGUACCAUUUCUGAUCAUGUUAAUUAUCAAAUUGGUAAAUAUAAAUUUGAAAAUAAAUAUAAAAGUUUUAUGCUUGAUGGCAAAUCAGGUCCAAAAUAUAGAUUCGGAUAUGUAUAUGAUUCAAAACAUCCUGCAGUUGUAGGUUGUACAAAACGUCCAUAUUUAACUGAUGAAUGUUUUUCUAUUGCAAUUUACAAAUCGGAACCUCAUUAUAACAAUGUUUUUCAAUCUAGGUUUGAACCAUUUACGAUUGAACUAUUUUAUGAUUAUAUAAGAACAUAUGAUAUGAGGCCAAUAUUAGGUGAAGAGUAUUGGCUUUUAUCUGAAUAUUGUGAUAAAAUUUUAUCAAAUCAAAUAAUUAUGGACGCAAUCAAAUUACAUAUAUCAUUCAGAAAACAUCCAUCUGGAAUACCAGUAAUUACAUUAGACAUAUCAGAACUUAUUAGCCCUGAAUUAUUUGGAAUUCAAAAAGUUACAGGGUCAUCAAAUAUUUGGAACUACACAUUGUAUAAACACGAAAGAAAAUCUAAAUAUGAAAAUAGAAUAAGGCUCAUUAUGGAUUCCAAUAUCAAGAAAAGAAAGAUUUAUGUUCAAAGAAAUCAUUAUGAUAGUUUCAAAAUAGAAGUGUACAGAAAUGAGGAAGAAACAUAUGUGAUAAUGAGUAGCGAAAUUCGAAAAUUAGAAGAAAUAACGAAUAAAAUCAAAAUAUGUAAAAAAUUAGAAAUAGACAAUUAUAAAGUGUUAAGCUUAAGUGAAUGUGAUGGUAUAAUUGAAAUGUUUGAAAAAUCAUAUCCGAUAAAACUAGAUAUUACUAUUGAUGAAGAGCAACCAUCAUUAUUUGAGAAAAAGGAAAUAUCAGAUGGUGAAAUGACAAUUCAUCAUUUCUCAAUAAAGGAAACUAAUGAUUUCGGAGAAUCCAUAUUGAACAAAUAUGUGUUUGGGGCUGUUUAUGCAACAGGAAGUUUUCAACCAGGUAACAUACCAUUGGAACCAUUUAGAAAAAACAAGGUGAUGAUUAAUCCAAACAUAAAUACAAACAAAUUUAUUGUAAGGAACAAAUCAACAUUUGAUGAUCUGAACACACCACAAUAUCAGUUAUUCCGACUAAGAACAUAA